GACAACAUCGACCACGACCCCUCGCCGAUGCCCAAAUAGGAGAUCACGAGUUGGACUUUCGCCGGCUCUUAGCUGCAGCUUGCAGUUCUUAGCUCGUCCUGACAAAGGCCCGCUGGAUGUGAAUGGCUUUGACUCUUCCUCAUGUUUUCUGCCUCUUCUUCCCAACCUUUGUAUCGUUUAUCUUCUUGACGCUCAUCACAUUUUCGCUCCCCAUCUCAAAGUCUCUGUAUUUCCUCUAUGCUUCCGAAGCAGGAGGUGUAAGAUUCGGUAUUUGGGGCUGGUGUCUUGACUCAGAUCCUAUUUGCAUGAACCCCAUGAGACUGGGGUAUACAUGGGAGCCUCAAAUAGCUACGCCAAUCACCAGCGCGCUGAUCCUCUUCCCGAUAGCCUCCGUCCUCUGCUUCCUGACUAUAUUAACCCUCAUACCGAUCUCGUCCGGCCGCCCAGUAAAGAAUUCCGGAAGGGUAUUCAUGGGUUUUUCUUUGUUUACUUUCUUCGUCGCCAAACUGGCGUUCAUAUUCACGAUUGCCAUGUGGGCUAUUGCCAAAACUCGAUUUCGGAGAGCAGGGUUUAAGUCGCAUUUCGGUUCUUUGCCCUGGCUAUCCCUCUUCGCGAUGCUUCUCCUUCUCUUGGCUGUCAUCCUUGGUGCCGUCUUCCUCAAGCCUCUGAGCCCUCAAGUCGUGCAAAUGAAGGACGUCAAAGGGCGUCCUUCACGGUCCCGAUACCGAAGCCAUUCUUGAAUUUGUCGAGCCUUGGACGUCGUCGAGCGCGUCAUAGUCAUAACAAGUAGAUCUAAACAGUGGGACGAGGAAGAGAUUUUCACUCAAUCAUGAUAGUUACGGUUUUACGACAUUUUACGAUACCACUGCUUGCUGUUUUUGCGCUCAAGAUUAAUAAAUACUGGAUAUUUGAAUAUUU